AGAAUAUACCUCUUUCAUUAGAAUAUUGUCAUUUCGAUUCUUUAAAAACGGGUUAUGAUGAAACAAUUAAAAGAAGUGAAGCCAUAUCUCAAUGGAUAAAUAAAAAUCCAAGGCUUGAUAUUAAUGAUCGUGUUGUAGUUAAUAUGAUUCACUGUUUAUUUGAAUUUGGAGCCAUUUUAGAAUGUCAUCAUCAAUUAUGGUCAGAUAACUGUUACUCGAAGAAAUUAAUAAAUGAAUUAUUAUGCGAUUCUAUCGGCAAGAAUGAAAUUAAAAGUACUGAUAACAAAAUAAUGUCAUCCGCCAGAAAGUCGAUGUGUUUAUAUAUAGCUAGGAGCAAAACCGGAAAGAGGAGCAAAGCAGGUGAACGAUAUUUUGAAGAAUUUAAUUCUCAUUUUUGGGUGAGACCUGAAACUCUAUUCGACAUAUUGCAUAAUGCAAACACAUCCACCAGAAGACGUCGCCGUAACCGUACCCCAUCACCAACUUACGAAGUGCCAUUAAUUAUAAGUACUAGUUGCCGUGAAUCCACCACCAAUCAAAGAAAUCGAUCUGCAUCACCUAUCUGGAGAGUUCCUAGUAGAAGAGAUGAGAAUA